ACGGAGGAGGGAAAAAAAGGGGGCUGAGCGUUUGUUACUGAAGUCCAGGAAGCCUGAAACCGCUACGUUUGCAAAAAAAAAUAACAAAAAAAAAACGAUGAGGACUAGUGGAUGGAUAGAAAAAAAUGUACCCGGUUAACCUUUGAACCGUCUUCCUUUGAGCGAGAAAGAAGUCACAAGACGGAGGCUCGUAUAAUUUCACGAAUGACAGUCGUGACGAGUCUCCACAUUCACAGCAAAGCCAGGAAGAAGACACACACACAUAAAUGUCCUCCGUCUACUUCAACCCGGGGUCGGAUUCAGGUGUAAAUGGAAACAUUGCAAAAAUGGAGGAUGCCCAAGUGCAGAUUGAUGAUGGAAAGGAUCAGACUGCGCUCCCAGACACACUGUACUACAAUGUUCGGACAAAGAUAACCCCGUUUGUUAUGUCCUUUGGAUUUCGUUUACUUGGAACGGUACUGAUCAUCGUGGACUUUGUGCUGGUGAUUGUGGACUUGUCGCUGCCAGCCAAAAGCAGAGAUGUUGGAAAUGCUCUGGAGGCUGUGUCCCUCACGAUCUCCUUCUUUUUCCUCCUUGAUGUUCUCCUGCGAGUCUACGUGGAAGGUUUCAAAGUGUACUUCAGCUCCAAGUUGAACAUCGUAGACGCCUGUGUUGUGGUGGUCACGCUGGUGGUCACCAUGAUCUACACCUUCUCUGACCUGUCAGGUGCCAGCCUCAUCCCCAGGGUCGUGUCAUUUCUGCGCUUCUUGAGAAUAAUAAUCCUUGUGAGGGUUUUCAGACUGGCAGCUCAGAAGAAAGAGCUGGAGAAGGUCACCAGGAGGAUGAUUUCUGAGAACAAGCGGCGUUAUCAGAAGGAUGGAUUUGACCUUGAUCUUACAUAUGUAACAGAUCGUGUCAUUGCCAUGUCUUUCCCCUCCUCUGGGAAGCAGUCCUUCUACAGGAAUCCAAUCAAGGAGGUGGCGAGGUUUCUCGACACUAAACACGAAGGACACUAUAAAGUUUACAACCUGUGCAGUGAAAAAGGCUACGACCCCCAGUUCUUCCACUACAGGGUUGAAAGGGUGUUCAUUGGUGACCACAACGUCCCCUCCUUGGAGGACAUGCUGAAAUACACAGCGAACGUGAGGGAGUGGAUGUCAGCUGACCCCACAAACAUCAUUGCUAUUCACUGUAAAGGAGGAAAAGGACGCACAGGUACGAUGGUGUGCACCUGGCUAAUUGACAGUGACCAGUUUGAGAGUGCACAGGACAGUCUGGAGUAUUUUGGUGAGAGAAGGACAGACAAGAGUCGGAGCUCCAAGUUUCAAGGAGUGGAGACGCCCUCUCAGAGCCGGUACGUGGGGUACUAUGAGGUCAUGAAGACCAAGUUCAACAGACAGCUGCCUCCACCUAAACGCCUCGGGAUCAAGAGCAUCCGCAUCCACUCCAUAGCAGGUGUGGGUAAAGGUGAUGGCAGCGAUCUCAAGAUGAAGAUACUUGUGAAGAAUGAUGUUGUGUUUCAGUGUGUUUGUGCCAAACAGGAGAACUGCACAGUAUUUCCCGAUGUGGGCAAUAAUGCAGCAGUCAUCAGCCUACAGAAUGGACCUGUGGUUGAAGGGGAUGUGAAAGUCAUGUUUGAAUCAAGUGCUGGACUUCCAAAAGGAUACGAAGAUGUUCCCUUCUAUUUCUGGUUCAAUACUUCCUUCAUAGAGGAUAACAAGCUGUUUUUAUCCAGGGAGGAGCUGGACAACCCGCACAAACCAAAGACCUGGGACCUGUACAAGGAGGACUUUGGUGUCACCAUGUUCUUCUCAGAGUCUGAAUGAAAGCCCUUUAGAAAGACAGAAAAAAAAUGGCUGGUAGUUUUAAUGAUCAAUGGUGAGUGAAAAUGGGUAAAUUGAACACUAAGUCAAGAACGAACGAGGCAUACGGUUACUUCUGUUUAAAUGUCAAGUGCAGCAGGAUCCUCCACUGAGCCAAAUCACCGCACCGUUUUGGCACGUUGAAAUUUAUCAGGGAUAAACUGCUAGUGAUGUCUUUCAGUGAAUCAAAUCAUAUCUGUGUGAGUGUAGACUCUUUUUGUGUCCUAAAAUUACAUGUAAAAAAUCUGAAAUCAUGAACUUGUGACGCUCCAAGAUUACGCUGCUCCUAUCAAAGUUCAUUGCUUUAGUCUUGAACUAGUCCCCAAAGCUGUUGUAAAUUAAUUCUUUCUUGAUUCAGUUUGAAACUAGCUUUUUUUGAUCUAAGCACUACUGCAUGUACCAAGUGAUUGAUCAGUGAAGUGAAUCUUACAUAUGAGGUGUCCUGAGUACGGAAACAGUACAAACCACAGAACAGUUUACCAGAACACAGGAUGACACAUUAGCAACCAAUAUGCAAACAGAUGUCACACAGUCCACCUUUAGCUAAAGUCUGAGCUUUGGAGACAGCUGCUGUUGUAGAUGUCACUCCGUUUUGUAUGUUUUUGUGACAAAAAGAGCCACUUGGAUGUGAAUGUUAGCACAAAAGGGAACAUUGUCAAUCUGUUUUUGUGAAUUUUGGUAUUUUUCAGAAAAGGCUCAGCAGUCAACACCCCGUUGAAGCAGUAAAAGUAAAUGCCUUAUUUACAUUUGAGAAAUGUCACAUGUAUCGUCACAAAAUAAAUAACUUUCUUUCGUA